UGGUAGAUGCUAGAAAGACACUUGUCUCUCUGUCUAUGUAUCUAUAUAUACCCUGCUCCUUGGCUUCCGUUGCAUCAUCGAGAAAUCAUCAUUCAAAAGCUUCGAUAAAUCAAUCUCUCAGAUACAUCACUCUCCGAUCUCUCAAGCAAAACUAUUAGUAGAUUCAGAAAAUGGCGAUGAUUCCAAGCAUCUUUGGAGGCCGACGAAGCAACGUCUUCGAUCCAUUCUCUCUCGACAUUUGGGAUCCCUUCGAGGGUUUCCCCUUCAAUAGCGCUUUCGCUAACGCCCGCAACUCCGCAGCACGAGAAACAUCUGCAAUUGCAAACACUCGAAUCGAUUGGAAGGAGACUCCGGAGGCUCACAUCUUCAAGGUCGAUCUUCCGGGGCUGAAGAAGGAAGAAGUGAAGGUGGAGGUUGAAGAAGGAAGAGUUUUGCAAAUCAGCGGAGAGAGGAGCAAAGAGCAUGAGGAGAAGAACGACAAAUGGCACCGCAUCGAGCGUAGCAGCGGCAAGUUCCUACGCAGGUUCAGGUUGCCGGAGAAUGUGAAGAUGGAUGAGGUGAAAGCUACUAUGGAGGACGGUGUGCUGACUGUGAUUGUGCCCAAGGAAGAAGAGAAGAAGCCUGAGGUUAAGUCCAUUGAUAUCUCUGGUUGAGUUGCGCAACUGGUUUUUGAGUGGUGGUGUUUGGAUGUUUGAAUUGAAAUAAACAAGUGUUUGGUGUUUUGUUGUUAUUAUGCAAUAUCUACUUGAGUGAGUGUGUUUGUCUGUGUGUGUAGUGUCAAACUUGUACUUGGUUAUGCACCAUGCUUUGUUUGAUACUACAUAAAAUGGAAGAAUGUUAAUUUUAGUUUCAAUUGCUCUAUUCCAUUUCAGUUACAUUUA